UGCAUUAGUUUCACAUUGAAUUCGGGCAUAUCACUCUGCUUCCGAUCAUUGUUUACACUUAUACAACUACAUGGAACAAAAUAUAUUGAUUUUAGUCGGUUUUCCCGAUGAUUUUGCUUCUGUGAAACCUAGGUUGGAAUUGUAUUUUAGAAAUAAAAGAAAAUCUGGAGGAGAAGUUUCGGAAAUAAGAAAUUACCCCAAUGACAAGAGGAAGGCAUUGCUCGUUUACACAGAGGAUGAAGCCUUACAAAGAGUAUUGAAAAUGGGACCGCACAAGGUUGAUUUUAAGGCCUUGGGCGUGGUAGAACUUCAAGUGAAGUCACUAGAAGCGGAUGACAUCGCCAAAGUGAAAAUAAUGAAUCCAGUGCCGUUGCCCAAACCACGCCUUGAGAAAAAGAUUGGCUCUGGAAAAUCUGCAUGCGACAUAGAAGCGAAGCCAGGACCAUUUCACCAAGAAGGUUUGCAGCAAGAUGGUGGUAAAAAGGUGCUAUCACUGCUUGUGAGCAGUGAUUGUCCAAUCAAAGAGGAGAUCCUUCAGGUGUACUUUGAGCAAUUUACUGAUGACGUUGAUAUUUGUGGACAUGGAGAUAAUCAAUGGAUUCUCAAGCUGACCAGUCAUUCUGAUUUGGAGAAUAUCCUGGCCAAGAAGGAUCAUGUCUUGGAGGGUUCCUUGAUGUCCAUGCAGCUGUACGAUGAGAGAGAGGCAGAGGAUCCCCUUGAUCCCCACAGGUUCAUUCUGAGUGGCUUCAGUGAAGACUGCAAGUGCAGCCACCUGUCCGUCUUCAUCAAGAGCUGCAGCAGAGGGGCCGAGCAUUCCUGGGAGGUCCUCAAUGACGGGCAGAGAAUCGCAGUCACCUUCAAACAGGAUAUAGAUGUUCAGGCUUUUUUGAAGAAAUGCUUCGCAAAUAAACUUCAGAGCAUGGAUAUCUCCGCCAGUCGUCUGGAGUACACAGACUCUGUGCUGGUGAAAGGAAAUAUGGAGAACAUCACAGAAAAGGAACUCAGGGAUUAUUUUUCUAGCCCAAAAAGCAAUGGAGGACAAAUCAAAUACCUGAUAUGGGUUGAAAAUGCAAAGAGUGUGCUUCUAGAGUUUGAAGAUUUUCACGUUGCGCACAGAGUUGCCAAAGAGAAACACACUAUUUGUGGAGUCAGCCUGUGUGCUUUCUUGUUCUACUGCAAUCUGAAUCAAGUCUUAACUGGAGAGACCCCCACUACGCCACCUUUCCCUCCUAAAAUCUCCAUUCCUGUGGAUGCUUUGUUCCUCGAAUACAUCAAAAAUGAUGAGGAGUGCAAAGAGGACUUUGAGAGCACACUAAAGGAGCACUACACCAGCUUCUCCUUUAAAGGUGACCCAGAGUCCCCUCAGGUGGUGUUGGAGAUGGCAGUGGACAGAGAGUCAUUGUUGCUACACCACUUGGCCCAUACCUGGGAGAGAAAGACUAAGCAAGCAGUUGAGGGGCUUCUGGAGAAAUACAGCAUAGUCAUGUUGGUGUCAACUGAAGAGGUGUGGGAGAGAGUGAAAAACAAAUGCCUCAGUCUAAAUCUCAAAACUGCCAGAGUCUCCUUUGAGAGGGCUAAGAACACCAUUGUGGUCUUGGGGCAACAGAAUGAUGUGAAGAAGCUUCAGGGUGAAAUUCAGCUUUUGUUGAACAAAGCAAAAGAAGAACUGGAUGUUGAAACAAACACUGUGGAAAGGAAGAUCCCUUUGGACAGUAAGGAAGAGUUUGGUUUUGUGUGGACCUUAGUGUCUGAAAAACUUGAAGGAGUUGAAAAUCUAAAAGAUGAAGCAAACUUGACUUUUCACCUCAAGGGCCUCGAAGAGAAGGUAAAUGAAGCAGAGAGAAUCAUCAAAAACACCAAAGAUAAUUUAUCCGUCCAAACUUUGCAUCUGUCACCCAAUCUAGCCAAGUUUUUGCAGUCCCUGGAUCUGAAGAAAUUUGAGCGCAAUCACUUUACUCACAUUACUGCUACAGUCUUCUCCUGUGGUGAUUCCAUUCAGAUUCUUGCAGAGAAGCUGCAAGAUGGUGAGAAAGCCAGAGAAAAAAUAAAGGAGGUACUUAUGGAAGAUGUGAUCAGCCUCACUCCCGAUCAAGGAAAAGUCACCCAGGAAGAACACUGGAGAGUCUUCUACAGUGGACUGAUGCAAGAGGUAGAAUCCAGCAAUAAUGAACAGAAUGUGAAAAUCUCACAUUCUGAUGUGCAGAUUGCAGUGUGUGGGUUCCAGAAUGUGGUAACAGAUGUUGCUAGGAAACUGAGAGGAUAUCUGAAUAACAAAAUGCCUGUGGCAGAAGACACCCAGCUGAAGUCACCGAGAGAGUUUGAAUAUGUUGCUGAUUGCAUGAAGCUGUCUGAGGCUGCUGAAAUCAAAGCCCUGGAUGUGACCAUUUUGUCAUCACAAACACAGGCGACUCCUUGCCUGAAAGUCACCGCAGCCAAUGACAAGAUCAAGGAGGCCAUGGCAGCUGUGGUGAAGCAGGUUUCACACAUUGUGCAUGAGAAACACAUAUAUUCUGAUGCCGGGGUGUCCAAAGUGUUGGAGAAACAUCAAGAUGCUCUCAAGUCCAGGGCCAAAGAGUUUGCCUGUAAGCUGUAUCCGACUGUUGAGCGAGCAAGCCAGACCGGUUUGGAAAAGGGAUACCGAAGUCCGGAUUCAACAGACACGUUAUCUGGUCCUCCUGCAAAUAAAUCACAGAAAGUCGCUCCUCCGCCUCCGUUACCUAAACCAAGAGCAGGCCUCAAAGUGGUUAUUAGUGGCGUUACAGUAAUUCUGAAAAAAGGAGACAUCACCAAAGAGGCAGUGGAUGCCAUUCUGAUUUCCACCAAUAGCAGUAUGAAUUUAGACACCGGUGUCUCUGGAGCAAUUCUGAAAGCAGCAGGGAAAUCUGUUGUAGAUGAAUGUGCCAAACUGGGCACCCAGAAAGAAGAUGGGGUGGUUGUCACCGGAGGAGGCAACUUAAAAUGCAAGCACAUCAUUCAGAUGGUGGGGCCGACUACCACAGCUGGCAUCACCACAUCCACAGAGAGGGUCCUGCAGCUCUGUGAGAGCAAGAGCAUCACAUCCAUGGCCGUACCAGCCAUUGGGACUGGAAAAAGCAACAUUAAUCCAGAAGAAUCCAUCAAGGCAAUUCUCAACGGGCUGCAGAAGCAUUUGUCUCAGACCACUUCCACAAGCAUCAAAUUCAUAUUCAUAGUGGCCUUUGAGCAGAAGGUUUUCGACUCUUUCCAGCAUUACUUUGCAGAGAGGAACCAGCAGUCUCAGCAGAGAACAGAGAAGCCAGGACCAUUUCACCAAGAAGGUUUGCAGCAAGAUGGUGGUAAAAAGGUACUAUCACUGCUUGUGAGCAGUGAUUGUCCAAUCAAAGAGGAGAUCCUUCAGGUGUACUUUGAGCAAUUUACUGAUGACGUUGAUAUUUGUGGACAUGGAGAUAAUCAAUGGAUUCUCAAGCUGACCAGUCAUUCUGAUUUGGAGAAUAUCCUGGCCAAGAAGGAUCAUGUCUUGGAGGGUUGCUUGAUGUCUGUGCAGCUGUACGAUGAGAGAGAGGCAGAGGAGAGCCUUGAUCCCCACAGGUUCAUUCUGAGUGGCUUCAGUGAAGACUGCAAGUGCAGCCACCUGUCCGUCUUCAUCAAGAGCUGCAGCAGAGGGGCCGAGCAUUCCUGGGAGGUCCUCAAUGACGGGCAGAGAAUCGCAGUCACCUUCAAACAGGAUAUAGAUGUUCAGGCUUUUUUGAAGAAAUGCUUCGCAAAUAAACUUCAGAGCAUGGAUAUCUCCGCCAGUCGUCUGGAGUACACAGACUCUGUGCUGGUGAAAGGAAAUAUGGAGAACAUCACAGAAAAGGAACUCAGGGAUUAUUUUUCUAGCACAAAAAGCAAUGGAGGACAAAUCAAAUACCUGAUAUGGGUUGAAAAUGCAAAGAGUGUGCUUCUAGAGUUUGAAGAUUUUCACGUUGCGCACAGAGUUGCCAAAGAGAAACACACUAUUUGUGGAGUCAGCCUGUGUGCUUUCUUGUUCUACUGCAAUCUGAAUCAAGUCUUAACUGGAGAGACCCCCACUACGCCACCUUUCCCUCCUAAAAUCUCCAUUCCUGUGGAUGCUUUGUUCCUCGAAUACAUCCAAAAUGAUGAGGAGUGCAAAGAGGACUUUGAGAGCACACUAAAGGAGCACUACACCAGCUUCUCCUUUAAAGGUGACCCAGAGUCCCCUCAGGUGGUGUUGGAGAUGGCAGUGGACAGAGAGUCAUUGUUGCUACACCACUUGGCCCAUACCUGGGAGAGAAAUACUAAGCAAGCAGUUGAGGGACUGCUGGAGAAAUACAGCAUAGUCAUGUUGGUGUCAACUGAAGAGGUGUGGGAGAGAGUCAAAGACAAAUGCCUCAGUCUAAAUCUCAAAACUGCCAGAGUCUCCUUUGAGAGGGCUAAGAACACCAUUGUGGUCUUGGGGCAACAGAACGAUGUGAAGAAGCUUCAGGGUGAAAUUCAACUUUUGUUGAACAAAGCAAAAGAAGAACUGGAUGUUGAAACAAACACUGUGGAAAGGAAGAUCCCUUUGGACAGUAAGGAAGAGUUUGGUUUUGUGUGGAACUUAGUGUCUGAAAAACUUGAAGGAGUUGAAAAUCUAAAAGAUGAAGCAAACUUGACUUUUCACCUCAAGGGCCUCGAAGAGAAGGUAAAUGAAGCAGAGAGAAUCAUCAAAAACACCAAAGAUAAUUUAUCCGUCCAAACUUUGCAUCUGUCACCCAAUCUAGCAAAGUUUUUGCAGUCCCUGGAUCUGAAGAAAUUUGAGCGCAAUCACUUUACUCACAUUACUGCUACAGUCUUCUCCUGUGGUGAUUCCAUUCAGAUUCUUGCAGAGAAGCUGCAAGAUGGUGAGAAAGCCAGAGAAAAAAUAAAGGAGGUACUUAUGGAAGAUGUGAUCAGCCUCACUCCCGAUCAAGGAAAAGUCACCCAGGAAGAACACUGGAGAGUCUUCUACAGUGGACUGAUGCAAGAGGUAGAAUCCAGCAAUAAUGAACAGAAUGUGAAAAUCUCACAUUCUGAUGUGCAGAUUGCAGUGUGUGGGUUCCAGAAUGUGGUAACAGAUGUUGCUAGGAAACUGAGAGAAUAUCUGAAUAACAAAAUGCCUGUGGCAGAAGACACCCAGCUGAAGUCACAGAGAGAGGUUGAAUAUGUUGCUGAUUGCAUGAAGCUGUCUGAGGCUGCUGAAAUCAAAGCCCUGGAUGUGACCAUUUUGUCAUCACGGACACAGGCGACUCCUUGCCUGAAAGUCACCGCAGCCAAUGACAAGAUCAAGGAGGCCAUGGCAGCUGUGGUGAAGCAGGUUUCACAGAUUGUGCAUGAGAAACACAUAUAUUCUGAUGCCGGGGUGUCCAAAGUGUUGGAGAAACAUCAAGAUGCUCUCAAGGCCAGGGCCAAAGAGUUUGCCUGUAAGCUGUAUCCGACUGUUGAGCAAGCAAGCCAGACCGGUUUGGAAAAGGGAUACCGAAGUCCGGAUUCAACAGACACGUUAUCUGGUCCUCCUGCAAAUAAAUCACAGAAAGUCGCUCCUCCGCCUCCGUUACCUAAACCAAGAGCAGGCCUCAAAGUGGUUAUUGGUGGCGUUACAGUAAUUCUGAAAAAAGGAGACAUCACCAAAGAGGCAGUGGAUGCCAUUCUGAAUUCCACCAAUUGCAGUCUGAAUCUAGGCACCGGUGUCUCUGGAGCAAUUCUGAAAGCAGCAGGGAAAUCUGUUGUAGAUGAAUGUGCCAAACUGGGCACCCAGAAAGAAGAUGGGGUGGUUGUCACCGGAGGAGGCAACUUAAAAUGCAAGCACAUUAUUCAGAUGGUGGGGCCGACUACCACAGUUGGCAUCACCACAUCCACAGAGAGGGUCCUGCAGCUCUGUGAGAGCAAGAGCAUCACAUCCAUGGCCGUACCAGCCAUUGGGACUGGAAAAAGCAACAUUAAUCCAGAAGAAUCCAUCAAGGCAAUUCUCAAGGGGCUGCAGAAGCAUUUGUCUCAGACCACUUCCACAAGCAUCAAAUUCAUAUUCAUAGUGGCCUUUGAGCAGAAGGUUUUCGACUCUUUCCAGCAUUACUUUGCAGAGAGGAACCAGCAGUCUCAGCAGAGAACAGAGACGCCAGGACCAUUUCACCAAGAAGGCUUGCAGCAAGAUGGUGGUGAAAAGGUGCUAUCACUGCUUGUGAGCAGUGAUUGUCCAAUCAAAGAGGAGAUCCUUCAGUUGUACUUUGAGCAAUUUACUGAUGACAUUGGUAUCUGUAGACAUGGAGAUAAUCAAUGGAUUCUCAAGCUGACCAGUCAUUCCGAUUUGGAGAAUAUCCUGGCUAAGAAGGAUCAUGUCUUGGAGGGUUCCUUGAUGUCCGUGCAGCUGUACGACGAGAGAGAGGCAAAGGAGAGACUUGAUCCCCACAGGUUCAUUCUGAGUGGCUUCAGUGAAGACUGCAAGUGCAGCCACCUGUCCGUCUUCAUCAAGAGCUGCAGCAGAGGGGCCGAGCAUUCCUGGGAAAUCCUCAAUGAUGGGCACAGAAUCGCAGUCACCUUCAAACAGGAUAUAGAUGUUCAGGAUUUUUUGAAGAAAAGCUCCGAAAAAAAACUUCAGAGCAUGGAUAUCUCUGCCAGUCGUCUGGAGUACACAGACUCUGUGCUGGUGGAAGGAAAUAUGGAGAACAUCACAGAAAAGAAACUCAGGGAUUAUUUUUCUAGCACAAAAAACAAUGGAGGACAAAUCGAAUGCCUGAUAUGGGUCAAAAAUGCAAAGAGUGUGCUUCUAGUGUUUAAAGAUUUUCAUGUUGCACACAGAGUUGUCAAAGAGAAACACACUAUUUGUGGAGUCAGCCUGUGUGCUUUGUUGUUCUACUGCAGUCUGAAGCAAGCCUUAACUGGAAAGACCUCCACUAUGCCACCUUUCCCUCCUAAAAUCUCCAUUCCUGUGGAUGCUUUGUUCCUCGAAUGCAUCCAAAAUGAUGAGGAGUGCAAAAAGGACUUUGAGAGCACACUAAAGGAGCACUACACCAGCAUCUCCUUUAAAGGUGACCCAGACUCCCCUCAGGUGGUUUUGGAGAUGGCAGUGGACAGAGAGUCAUUGUUGCUACACCGCUUAGCCCAUACCUGGGAGAGAAAGACUAUGCAAGCAGUUGAGGGACUGCUGGAGAAAUACAGUAUAGUCACGUUGCUGUCAACUAAAGAGGUGUGGGAGAGAAUCAAGGACAAAUGCCUUAGUCUAAAUCUCAAAACUGCCAGAGUCUCCUUUGUGAGGGCUAAGAACACCAUCGUGGUGUUGGGACAAAAGAACGAUGUGAAGAAGCUUCGAGGUGAAAUUCAACUUUUGUUGAACAAAGCAAAAGAAGAACUGGAUGUUGAAAGGACGAUCCCUGUGAACAGUAGGGAAGAGCUUGGUUUUGUUUGGAACUUGGUGUCUGAAAAACUUGAAGGAGUUGAACACCUGAAAGAUGAAGUAAACUUGACUUUUCACCUCAAGGGCUUUGAAGAGAAGGUAAAUGCAGCAGAGAGAAUCAUCAAAAACACCAAAGAUAAUUUAUCCAUCCAAACUUUGCAUCUGUCACCCAAUCUCGCUAAGUUUUUGCAGUCCCUGGACCUCAAAAAAUUUGAGCGCAAUCACUUGACUCACAUUUCCGCUACAGUCUUUUCCUGUAGUGAUUCCAUUCAGAUUCUUGCAGAGAAGCUGCAAGAUGGUGAGAAAGCCAGAGAAAAAAUAAAGGAGGUGCUUAUGGAAGAUGUGAUCAACCUUACUCCCGAUCAAGGAAAAGUCACCCAGGAAGAACACUGGAGAGUCUUCUACAGUGGACUGAUGCAAGAGGUAGAAUCCAGCAAUAAUGCACUGAAUGUGAAGAUCUCACAUUCUGAUGUGCAGAUUGCAGUGUGUGGGUUCCAGAAUGUGGUAACAGAUGUUGCUAGGAAACUGAGAGGAUAUCUGAAUAACAAAAUGCCUGUGACAGAAGACAUCUUGCUGAAGUCACUGAGACAGGUUGAAUAUGUUGCUGAUUGCAUGAAGCUGUCUGAGGCUCCUGAAAUCAAAGCCCUGGAUGUGACCAUUUUGUCAUCACGGACACAGGCGACUCCUUGCCUGAAAGUCACAGCAGCCAGUGACAAGAUCAAGGAGGCUGUGGCAGUUGUCAAGAAGCGUAUUUCAUACAUUGUGCAUGAGAAACACAUAUACUCCGAUGCCGGGGAGUCAAAAGUGUUGGAGAAACAUCAAGAUGCUCUCAAGGCCAGGGCCAAAGAGUUUGCCUGUAAGCUGUUUCUAACUGUUGAGCAAGCAAGCCAGACCAGCUUGGAAAAGGGAUACCGAAGUCCAGAUUCAACAGACACGUUAUCUGCUCCUCCUGCAAAUAAAUCAAAGAAAGUCGCUCCUCUGCUUCCGUUACCUAAACCAGGAGCAGACCUCAAAGUGGUGAUUGGUGGCAUUACACUAAUUCUGAAAAAAGGAGACAUUACCAAAGAGGCAGUGGAUGCCAUUGUGAAUUCCACCAAUAGUAGUCUGAACUUAGACACAGGUGUCUCUGGAGCAAUUCUGAAAGCAGCAGGGAAAUCUGUUGUAGAUGAUUGUGCCAAACUGGGCACCCAGAAAGAAGAUGGGGUGGUUGUCACCGGAGGAGGCAACUUGAAAUGCAAGCACAUUAUUCAGAUGGUGGGGCCGACUACCACAGCUGGCAUCACCACCUCCACAGAGAGGGUCCUGCAGCUCUGUGAGAGCAAGAGCAUCACAUCCAUGGCUAUACCAGCCAUUGGGACAGGAAAAGGCAACAUUAAUCCAGAAGAAUCCAUCAAGGCAGUUCUCAAGGGACUGCAGAACCAUUUGUCUCAGAGCACUUCCACAAACAUCAAAUUCAUAUUCAUAGUGGCCUUUGAGCAGAAGGUUUUCGACUCUUUCCGCCAUCACUUUGCAGAGAGGAACCAGCAGUCUCAGCAGGGAACAGAGGCGGUCAGUGGGACCCACUUGCCAAGCAUUCAGUCCAGGUCAAGAGAGCUCCCUGCCAACCAAGUUAUGAUCAAUGGUAUCAGAGUUCAGGUGAAGAAAGGUGACAUCACCACAGAAACUGUCAGAGGGAUCGUCAACACAACCAACAAUGAGCUGAACCUGAAAGGAGGAGUUUCGGGAGCUAUAUUUAGAGCAGCAGGAAGCUCGGUUGAGAAGGAGUGCGAAAAAUUUGGGCCCCAGCAGGAUGAUGGCGUCGUGGUAACGAGUGGUGGGGCGCUACACUGUGAUUUUAUCAUUCACAUGGUGGGACCCCGCUCCGUACCUGCCGCAACCGCACAGGUGGAGAGGGUUCUGGAACAGUGCGAGAAAAACAGCAUCACCACCGUGUCCUUCCCUGCUAUUGGCACAGGUGGUGGACAGCUGAAUGCUGUAGAUGUCAUUGAUGCCAUGCUUCAAGGAUUCCACAAUCAUUUAUCGCAGCAUAUCUCCACUGUUCUCAAGCUGAUUUACAUCGUAGUCAAGGAGGACAAAAUCCUCCAGGAGUUUCUGCAGGGGCUGAAGCAGUGGUCAAGACCUUGGAUGGAUAAUUAUUGUGAUGAAGGUGAAGAUGAAGAUGAGGAUGACGAUGUGGAAGAAGAUGACUAUGUGGCAAUGGCGGCAUGUAUUAGACCCAGUUCCACAUCCUCAAACUCCAGCUUGUCCCAAACCUACUCCAACAUUCCGACCCUGAUCCUGGGAAGUGCUAGCAUUACUUUCCCUCUGAUGGUGGCUGAGGUUUACGGAGUUUCUGUGGCAAACCUGGCCCAGGUGAAGAAGUGCCUUGAUGAUUUGGUUUCCGAGGAGUGCACCAGCCAAGACGUGGUAGACAAGCACCUCCACCACCUUACAGAAAAGGAAAAGCAAGAUAUCAUUGAAGCAAGCCAGAGGCAACAGGUCCGCAUCACCAUGCUCCAAAACAAGCUGACGGUGUCGGGGAAGAGGGACGAUGUCCUUUCAGUCGUCCUGCAGAUCAAAGACUCCCUGCAGAGAGCCCAGGAGAGGGAGGACCAGGAGCGGGAGGAGAGAAGGAUAUGGCAGACCGUCCGCUGGGAGGUGGGCGGGUCGGACAGCUGGACAGGCCUGAAGCAGCGAAUAAACUACAAUCUGGAGCUGGCUUUCCACAGGAACGACAUGUUCUGCAUUUACCACCAUCAACACCAAAAGGACAGCUUCAUUGUGGAUUUUGAGAAGAUGCAGCAAAUGGACAGCAGAGGACAAAUCGCCAGGAUCAAGAGGACCCCUCUGUCCGACUGUGAAACAGCUAUCAUUACGACACCACCUACAUGGACCAAGAUGGAUGGGAAAGAUCUGGACAUCAUUGUGCUCUUUGAAAUAUCAAAUGAAUAUCAGAAAAUUUACAAAGAAUUUGUGCAAUCUAGCCAUGUGUUUGCACAGACAAACAGCAAAAACAUUGAAGUGGUCCAGAUCCAGAGAAUCCAGCACCAGGAGCAGUGGAGGAGGUACACAGUAAGCAAACAGGCAUUGGAUAAAAAAUAUCCGAGAAACAAUAAUGAGCAGUUCCUGUACCAUGGAACUACCAAGGACAUCUGCCAGAAGAUCAACAAGAAUGGCUUCAACCGCAGCUUCUGUGGCAGAAACGCAACAGCAUUUGGAAGCGGAACUUACUUUGCCAAGGAGGCGUACUACUCGUGCGAUGACAAGUACUCCAGUCCUGAUGAGAACGGCCACAAGUACAUGUAUAGAGCCCGCGUACUGACGGGGAAGCCCUGCCUCGGACUGCAGGGCAUGAGGGAGCCAUCUCCAGUGGACCCCAACGACCUCCAGGCGGGCCUGCACGACUGUGCCGUGAACAACCUCCAGGACCCCUUCAUUUUUGUUAUUUUCUCCGACUCGGGGGCCUACCCUGAAUACCUCAUCACAUUCAAGACAGUGUAGUGUGGAUGGGGGGGGGGGGGGGGGGGCAUCUACCAAUGAGCCAAUCAGUGCUUUAAACAGCCUUAAGUAAUAUUUUGUAUUAUAACAUGUAAAUAUGAUCACUAGCAUUUUAAGAACUUUGAUUAUAACGCAACAUAUUAUUGGUAUCAGGGUAAGAUCAAGGGUCUUCGAAAACUUUUAAAUCCAAAACCAAAACUUAGUGUCAAAUAUGUUUUAAUUAAUUUAGAGUUUUAAAUGAUGUUGAAUGGUAUUGAAUAUCCAUACAGUUCUUAAGGAUGUCUUUGUAUAAUCUUACACCUUCACCUGUCAGUUCCCAUCAGACUGUUAAAGACCACAUUGGAAUAUCUUUAUUAAAGAAUUUAUAAUGUCUGCAAUUCAGAUGUACAAACAGUGGUAUCGGCACAUGAAUGUGAGUCAUGUCAUGAGUCACAUGAGUGUUCAUGUGGUUUUCCAAAGUUUGGGAUCUACGUCAGCUGCUCUGAGAGAAUCUGUAGCUGAACACGAGACAUAAGUCCUAUUUGAGCUGGAUUCGUUUUACAGUAGGUGGAAAUAAACUGAAACAAGUUUGAAAGAUGUACUGUCUGGUCUAUUUGUAUGGGAUUAACAAUUUAUGCUGUUCCUGUGAUUACCACAGAUAUCUGUAGAUAGACGUAAUCAUCAGUAACUGCAAGGAAGGAUCAUCAGUAACUUCUAGCAAGGAAAAUAAGGAGACUGCAAGUGGCUUGUUCAAAUCUGAUUACCGGCUGCCAAAAACCAAGGCAGUUUCCAUAUAUAAUUAUAUUACUGCACGGUCCAUUCGAACCGGAUUGCUAUUAAUGAAGGACCCCUGAGUUUGGCGAAACACAGAAGAUAAUUUGCUCUGGUCUUUCUAUAUCCUGCACUUUGGAAGACUGCAGACAUUGCAGAUGUGUACUUGAUUAAAAAUCACUCAUCCUGUUGGUAAUCACUUAAUCACAUAACCUCUCUCAGUGAAACUGAUCCAGCUUGAAUAGGGCUAAAACUAGGAUUAUGAGAGUUCUUUAGGGGUAGGACAGAUCUUAAGACACACCCACUAAGACUGUGGUGGGUAUUGCUGGUUCAAGCUGGAAUGGUACAGUACUUCCCAAUAUUGACAGAUCUGAGUUUAUCUUCACAAAUGGCACAUACUAAUGUUAAUCUUUACAAGGCUCUAAUCAUACAGUAUUCUGGUGCUGGUUGUUGCAAGUACCAAUAAUAAGUUAUAGCGUAUUUCCAUAACAGACUUUACAGUGAAAAAACAAUAAUCUUUCGAUCAAAGCUGAUCCUAAACCCAGGACCUUCACUCUGAAAACCGAAUACAAGGUGUUUAGUAACUCACUGGCCUGCAUCAAAUCAACAAUUUGUCCUUAACUUUGAUUUACAAGUCUUAACUUUCUCUUUACAAUCUCGAUUUAAGUUUCUCAGCCAAUGUCAGAUAACUUUGAGGUCUCGAAAGCCAUGCAAAAAAAAAAAAAUCAGAAGCUUCUAAAAAGUCAUUACAUCAAUUUCUGGCAUCUUCCAGACUGUUUAAAGAGACAGUCAACUUGGUGUAAAUAAACCUUUGAUUGGAAUUCUGAUAUGGUGAAUUAAA